AUGGACAGAAAAGGUUUCACUUUUAUGGAACCGGAGCAAAUGAGGAAACUUCACAACGAACAAGGAUUGAAUGAACCUAAAAUCAGGGCAAUCAUACAGCAGUACGUUGGCUUACCUAGAGAACACCGUGAAGAAGCCCUCUGGGCAGCGAUUGCUAAAAUCGCUGGCAAAAUGCAUCGUCAAAAACGUCAAUUGUCGGUACUGCAACCACUUGUACUCAGUCCAUUUCUGUUCGCUCCGAUUGUUGGUCUUACCGUACUCGGACCAGUAGUACUUUCACCAAAUCUCUUUUCACCACUCGUUUUGGCUCCUUCUGUUUUAUCACCAGCGGUUCUUUCACCAACUCUCUCUAAAUCCAUCAUCCUUUCACCGUACGUUCUUUCUCCGUAUAUUUUAAGCCCAGCAGUUCUCGGCGGAACCAUUCUAUCUCCUUAUGUUCUUUCACCAAAUAUCCUUAAUCCAGCAGUAGCUGGUGGUGCGGUUCUUAGUCCAUUUGUACUUUCACCGAAUAUUUUGUCACCGUCUGCGGUCAACGGCCUGAUACUUUCUCCAAAUGCUCUUUCGCCCUCAAUUCUUUCUCCGACUCUCCUUCAGGCAACUGUACUGUCACCAAGUUUUUUGUCAUGA